AUGAAGUACAUCCACUCUGAGGAAGAGCUCGCCAUCCCCGAGGGCGUCAAGGUCGCCAUCAAGAACAGGAAUGUUCUUGUUGAGGGUCCCCGAGGAAAACUCACAAAGUCUCUCGGUCACUUGGCGGUCAGCUUCACGCACCCCAGGAAGGAUGUCAUCAAGAUCGAGCUCCACCACGGCUCCCGCAAGAGCGUCGCUACCCUCCGAACUGUCCGCACUCUGAUCAACAACUUGAUCAUCGGUGUCACCAAGGGUUACAAGUACAAGAUGCGUUACGUAUAUGCCCAUUUCCCCAUCAACGUCAACCUAGACAAGAACAAGGAGACCGACUGCUGGGAGGUUGAGAUCAGGAACUUCAUUGGCGAGAAGCUCGUACGAAGGGUCGUCAUGAGGCCCGGUGUUGAGGUUGAGGCAUCAAAGAACCAGAAGGAUCAGCUCGAGCUGUCCGGAAACUCGCUCGAGGACGUCUCCCAAGGUGCCGCCGAUAUCCAGCAAAUCUGCAAGGUCCGCAACAAGGAUAUCCGAAAGUUCUUGGACGGUCUGUACGUGUCGGAGCGCGGUAACAUCGUCGAGGACGCGUAA